AUGAGCUUACUUGAUAGAUUGCUGGGUGAGUGGCGCAUAAUCAACGGCAUAAUCAACGGAGGUGACAGAGGUGACUCCAAAGAAGCGUGGGGCGGGAGUUACAAACAAGACAAACAACGCAAACAACCACAUACGACAUCACCGCCCAAGCAGCCGUGCGGGAUGUCGUCGGCUCCUGAAGUCGACUGCCUAGUACAUGUGCUUGAACUUGGAGUGGGGUCCAGCAACAGUGACGUGGAAUCACCAUACCUCGCAUCUCCAUUAUGGUGGGCCGUACCCUUUCAACACCUGGCGAAACUGAUAUUAAUCAUCUGGCAGUCUCAAUCACUGCGCCCGUACCUUCAAUGCGUUCGGUCCUCGCUUACCGCUGCUCUUGCGAUCUCGAACUUCGCCUCGCAAACCUCCGAAAGACAUAAUGUCCCUGAAAUUGAGGCUCAGAGCUCCCCGGAACUGCUCCUCAACCCCCUCACAAUUUCUCGCAAUGAGAAUGAAAAGGUCCUGAUUGAGCCCAGCGUAAACAGUGUGCGCGUGAGCAUCAGAAUUAAGCAAGCAGAUGAAAUUGAACAUAUCCUGGUCCACAAGUUUACCAGAUUCUUGACGCAACGAGCAGAAUCCUUCUUCAUCUUGCGGAGGAAACCGGUCAAGGGAUACGACAUCUCGUUCCUGAUCACGAACUUCCAUACAGAAGCUAUGUUGAAGCAUAAGCUGGUCGACUUUAUCAUUCAAUUCAUGGAGGAAGUGGAUAAGGAGAUAUCUGAGAUGAAGCUCUUCUUGAAUGCCCGUGCUCGAUUUGUCGCCGAGUCUUUCUUGACACCAUUUGACUAA